UGACAAUAGUGUGGUAGAACUGUACAGAACCUGGAUACCAUAACCUCAGCUGUGAAAGAAUCUGAUUCAUCAGUAAAAAGCUGUAGGUGUUGGCCGAGUUGGAGUUGUCAAAUAUCUAUUGACGUCACAAAGCAAAAUGUCUUCCAGAAAGUCAGCCGGUCGUAGAGCCACCACCAAGAAGAGGGCCCAGCGGGCUACUUCUAAUGUGUUUGCUAUGUUUGAUCAAGCCCAAAUACAGGAGUUCAAAGAAGCUUUCAACAUGAUCGACCAAAACAGAGAUGGGUUUAUUGACAAGGAGGACCUGCAUGAUAUGCUUGCAUCUCUUGGCAAGAACCCAACAGACGAGUACUUGGAGGGUAUGAUGAACGAGGCCCCUGGUCCCAUCAACUUCACCAUGUUCCUCACUCUGUUCGGCGAGCGGCUACAGGGGACUGACCCUGAGGAUGUCAUCAAGAACGCCUUCGGCUGUUUUGACGAGGACAACAACGGCUAUAUCAACGAGGAACGUCUGAGGGAACUCCUCAUCAGCAUGGGAGACAGGUUCUCCGAUGAAGAUGUUGAUGAGAUGUACAGGGAAGCACCUAUCAAGAGUGGAAUGUUCGACUACAUUGAGUUCACUCGUAUCUUAAAGCACGGAGCUAAAGAAAAAGAUGAGCAAUAGACAUCAUAGCAUUUAUCAAUCAUCUAUAUUUAUUGAUUUGAAACGUUUUGUAAAAAUAUUUAAUAUGUUACCGAAUUGAGCAUUUUAUUAAAUUAUUUUUUUAACCUCA